UAUUUUUUUUGCACGCUCUCUCUAUAAACAAAAACUUCCCUACUGAAGAGAGAGGGAGGGAGAGAGAAUUCUCAAGAGCAAGCUAUGGCAACUUCAAGCAUUAUCGCUUCAGCUGCUUCAAGCUUCGUGCUCACCUCAGGCCUCAGCAGCAGCAGCGCAAACACUUCAUCGAGGUUCAACUCUGUUUCCUUCAACAAGCCUUCUAAGGCAGGAGUGGUGGUGGUGAGAGCUGAAGAGUCUCCGGCGCCGCCUCCAGCGGCGGAAGCCCCGGCGGCCGAGACAGCCACUAAAGCGGCCAAGCCCCCGCCUAUUGGCCCCAAGAGGGGUACCAAGGUGAAGAUACUCAGACCGGAAUCCUACUGGCAUAAGGGAACCGGAUCGGUCGUAACAGUUGACCAGGAUCCAAACACUCGCUACCCCGUAGUCGUCAGGUUCACCAAAGUCAACUAUGCUGGCGUCUCUACCAACAACUACGCAUUGGAUGAGAUUGAAGAAGUGAAAUGAGAUCGAUGUUUCUGAGUGUAGUAGGAAAAUAUCAGUAUCAAAUCUGUAUAAAACUCUUAUCAUUUCCGCUUGCUCCUGUAUUUAUCCGCUCGUGUUAUCGGGUCUCAGCUCGAUAAUGGAUCUAAAUUUUGUGUCUUGUGUUCA